GUCGACCAGGGGAGCAGAAAAAGGGCAGUGGCGCUUCCGUAAAUUGUCCAGGGAAGCGAGGGGUUUCGACUGCGGGAGUCAGCAAAAGGACUGCCUUACCGAGUGACACUGGAACCUCUCCUUCCCGAGUGGCACUGCAACCUCUCUCUCUCUCUCUCUCCGCGUCAAACUGUGGCCGUGAACUCGUGAGAGAGUGCGGGUAUGUGGAGGGAGGAAGACGCUUUCACCCCUGCACUGUGUUAGUGACUAUCGUCUCGCUGCUCUCUCUCGCUCCUUCCUAAUCUGUCUCUCGAAAGCAGAGAAAGAGAGAGAGAGAGAGAGAGAGCACUUUUUUGGAAAACGGUGCUCUAUCUGGAAGAGCUCCACCACCAUUUCUUUUUCCAAAGACGCAGGGGGAGAGAGAGAGAGAGGAAGAGGUGUUUGGAACAGGAUUCCCGUUCUCCAUAUUGUGUAUUUGAGAGAGAGAGAGAGAGAGAGAGGAGAGAUUCUGUAUUUUGCCUGAUUGUUCUUCUACCAACCUUUGCUUUUCGACAAUGGCUGUUAUCUCUAGCCAUUGUCUGCUUUCUUUCACUAGUUUCGUGCUAUUGUUGAUGGUGGUGGUGGUGGGUGGGUCUCCUGGUUGUGAUGGUUCAUUUACGCUGUCGUCGAAGCUCAUCCAUCGGUUCUCGGAGGAGGCGAGGUUGAUCUGGAGACGAAGUAGUGGGGAGGCCCAUAGGGGUCCCUCUCCCCGAUCCCGCAGCUUGGAGUACUACGAGAUGCUUUGGAGAAGCGACGUCCAGAGGCAGCGGAUGAGACUCUCCCCACAGUAUCAGUCACUCCUCUUCUCUGAAGGGAGCGAGACCUUCUCUCCGGGCAACGAUCUUGGAUGGCUACAUUAUGUAUGGGUUGACAUUGGGACACCAAAUGUAUCUUUUUUUGUUGCAUUAGAUACUGGGAGUGACCUUUUCUGGGUUCCGUGUGAUUGCAUUCAGUGUGCUCCUUUCGCUGCUCAAAACUUCAGUUUGGAUAGAGAUUUAAACAUGUAUGAUCCAGCAGGAUCUACCACCAGUAAACAUCUGCUCUGCAGUGAUGAGUUAUGUGACAUGGGAUUUGAAUGCAAAAGCCAAAAGCAAUUUUGUCCUUAUGCUGUCAACUACUAUUCAGCGGGAACUUCUACUUCUGGUUUGUUGGUUCAGGACAAGUUACAUUUAGCUGUCAGCAACAAUCUUUCAUCCAAAAGUCCCAUAGAGGCAACAAUUGUUAUAGGUUGUGGGAGAAAGCAAACUGGUGAUUAUUUGGAUGGUGUUGCCCCUAAUGGUGUGAUGGGUUUGGGAUUUGGAGAGUUAUCAGUUCCAAGCUCUCUUGCAAAAGCAGGUCUCGUACGAGAUUCUUUCUCCCUCUGUUUCCAGGAGGAUGGUUCGGGGAGGAUUGUCUUUGGGGACCAAGGUUUAGCCAACCAAAGCACUACUCCAUUCGUGUCGUCCAGAGGCAAAUAUCUUACCUACAUCGUGGAAGUGGAGUCUGUGUGUAUCGGAAAGACAUGCCUUGAACAAGCCAGCUUCCAGACGUUGGUUGAUAGUGGUUCCUCAUUCACAUUUGUUCCAGCUGAUGUAUAUAAGAGCGUCGUCUUGGAGUUUGAUGCACGGAUGAAUGCUUCAAAGGUUGUCUAUGAAGGAUUUCCGUGGGAAUACUGCUACAAAGGAAGGUUGAAAGAACUGCCCGACUUUCCAAAGCUGACAGUAAUGUUUGCUAACGAUAGCUUUUCUGUCCAGAGCCCCCUCUUAGAACUCCAUGCAACUGAGGAGGAUUCAAAUAUUUUCUGCUUGGCUUUACAGUCUACUACUGAUGCAAUAGGAGUAAUCGGACAAAACUGGAUGACGGGUUACAGGAUGGUGUUUGAUAGGGAGAACUUGAAGUUAGGAUGGUCCCCAUCAAAAUGUCGAUUACUCAAUGAGACCAAAGCAAAUGGUAGACCGGAGAAUUCAUUGCCGACAGACCAACAACAGAGCCCUCCUGGAGGACAUGCAGUUUCUCCUGCAAUUGCUGGCUGGGCUCCCCCUGCCAAACCUUCGGCAGCAUCAUCACUGCGGAUGCCACGGUUCUUUUUGUUGCUUCUGGUUUUGAUUUGCUGGCAGCAGCAGAGGUCGUGACAUGGAGGUCUUUUACCCAGAGGCUGUGUAUAAAUUUGUUACUUUUUUUUUUGGCCUGUUUAGUUUUUCUGCGAAUAUGAUAGCUAUAGAGUUGGAUGUCUGUAAAAAUCCGUUCCUCGGCGAGUUGCAUGUUUCCUUUCGGCUCAUCUCAAGGCUAUUGUGGUUCUAUCCCAUGCGCAAAGAGCAUGAGUGUGAGAUUUUAGGUUUCUAGCUAAUCUUGGAUUAUUAUUUUUUUACUACGUGCCCAUAUUUUUUGGUUUUUA